CACUCGUUCUCUCCGUAGAAAAGUAAAAGAUACUGUUGAAGACCUGCGCUGAUACACGAAUAUAAAAACAUUCAUCUGUUUGUAAACCCUAAAGCUUGAGAUUUGGGGAUUUAAAAUCGUUACUUGUGUUUUUGAUCUGGGAUUGAAUCGUGUUUUGAGAGGACUAGGGUUUUGAAGAUCAAAUUAAAUUUUUUUUUGUUGUUGCGUGCUCUUCUAGAGAGCGCAAAUGGCGAGUGGGUACGCAUCUGCUGUCAGUGCUGUUCAGGUUGGUUCGUACUUCGUUGGACAGUACUACCAGAUUCUUCAACAGCAACCCGAUUUCGCUCAUCAAUUUUAUACUGAUAAAAGCACCAUGAUUCGGGUUGACGGGGAUUCGAGCGAGUCAGCAUCGACAAUGUUGCAAAUCCAUACGCUUAUGGUGUCCCUAAAUUUUACCGGAAUUGAGAUCAAGACAAUAAAUUCUCUUGAAUCUUGGAGGGGAGGUGUUCUUGUGGUGGUUUCAGGUUCUGUUCGAGCCAAGGAUUUUAGUGGCAGUAGGAAGUUUGUGCAGACGUUUUUGCUUGCGCCUCAGGAGAAGGGUUAUUUUGUUCUGAAUGAUGUAUUUCACUUUAUUAAUGAGGACGAGGUUCACCAACGUACUGUACCUAUUAUGUCAGAAAACAAAAUUGAUCCCCAACCACUUACCUCAACUCUUCAUCCAGAGCUGCCAGUUUCAGACUAUGACUUAGAUGAAGAGGCUAGUGAAUAUGUGAACUCAAUUCAUAUUGAAGGGCAUAAUCCAGUAGACGAGUACACUCUCCAAGAACAGCAGCAACAGCAAGGUCCUGAAGCUGACACUGUGUUGGAGGAAACUCCUGCAGAAGGGCCAUCUACUUUGCUUCAAAAUGUGGUGGAAGCUAUUCCAGAUACACUGCAUUCUGUUGAGGAACCAGUUGGAGAGCCCCCAAAAUUUACUUAUGCUUCUAUAUUGCGAGCUUCUAAAGGGCAAUCUGUUCGAUCAGUUGUUUCUCGGCCGUCUCUUAUUAAAAGCACUCCACCUGCUUCAGAGCGGCAUCAUCCACAGCCUGCUUCUCAGCAGUUGAAUGUUCCUGAAACUAGUUUGGAGGCAUCAGAGGAAAAUCCAUCACUAGAAGAAGGUGAAUUGAAAUCUGUCUAUGUGAGGAAUUUGCCCUCUACCAUUUCUGCUGCUGAUAUUGAGCUAGAGUUUAAAACAUUUGGUAGAAUCCUACCUGAUGGUGUGUUCAUCAGGAACAGGAAGGACAUUGGUGUGUGCUAUGCCUUUGUCGAGUUUGAAGAUCUCCAUGCUGUUCAAAAUGCAAUCAAGGCAUCUCCAAUACAGUUGGCUGGAAGGCAAGUUUAUAUUGAAGAGAGGAGAGCAAACGUCGGUGGUGCCUCUCGAGGAGGAAGGGGGAGAGGAAGUUACCAAUCCGAGGCUCCCAGAGGGCGUUUGGGUUCUCAGAGUUUUGGCAGAGGAGGCAAUCAUGUUGGGGGCAAUGGUUUCCGUGGUUCUUGAUGAAAGGGUCCAAGGAAGCCAAGUUCAACAAGUGGUCAUAACCACAUGCCAACUAGAUUUUUGGGCUGAGGCAGAUAAGUUACUGUUUAUUGGCUUCAUAUGCCACGAUUUCUCCCAUGGUUUUAUAGAAAUUUGUAUUAUUUGUUUGUGUGUGAUUUUGCAUAGAUGCUCAUGAGACAUGUUUAUUUAUUUCUUUAUUCCUUGUGGGUUCUGGUAUAUGCUUCUUUUCCUCUUGAUUGUUUUUUUUAUUGCGCAAUUCAAGAGGAAACACUCAUCCAAUUUUUGAGUAAAAUGUUGCGUGUAAGUCAUAAUUUAUAAAAGCUGUUUUAAUGGC